AUGUCUCCUCACGCCAUCCAGCUCGUGCCGACGGGUGCUAACAACUGGUGGAAGGAAAGCACCGUCUAUCAGGUCUACCCCGCCUCAUUCAAGGAUUCUAAUGGUGACGGCUGGGGUGAUAUUCCCGGCGUCAUCGAGAAGAUCCCGUAUCUCCAUGCGCUGGGCGUCGAUGUCGUGUGGCUCUCGCCGCACUACGACUCGCCCAUGCACGACAUGGGAUAUGACAUCUCCGACUAUGAGAAGGUUCUCCCGGCGUAUGGCACUGUGGAGGAUGUAGAGAAGCUCAUUGACGCCUGUCAUCAGCGGGGGAUGAAGCUUCUCCUGGAUCUGGUCGUCAACCACACCAGUGACCAGCACAAAUGGUUCCAGGAAAGCCGGAGCAGCAAGGACAACCCCAAGCGCGACUGGUACUUUUGGCGACCAGCGAGAUAUGACAAAGAUGGAAACCGUCUGCCUCCGACCAACUGGCGCGGCUAUUUUGCCGGCAGCACAUGUGUGUCCAUCCCUCCAUCUGUCCCGUUCGGUGCUAAUUGUUUAGGGACGUGGGACGAGCAUACGCAAGAAUACUAUCUUCACCUGUACGCAAAGGAACAGCCCGAUCUCAACUGGGAUAAUCCAGCCACCCGGAAGGCGAUCUACGACAGUGCCGUGCGGUUCUGGUUGGACAAGGGAGUUGAUGGCUUCCGUGUGGAUACCGUAAACAAGUAUAGCAAGUAUACAGAUUUCUCGGACGCUCCGAUUACAGACCCGAAGAGCUACGUCCAACCGGCCAUCGGCAAAUGGUGCAAUGGGCCCCGGAUCCACGAGUUUCUUCGGGAAAUGUACGACGAUGUCCUGGAGCCAUAUGGUGAUGUGGCAACGGUCGGCGAGCUGGCCAACACUCCCGACCCUACCCAUGUUCUGCAAUAUGUUGGUGCAUCCGCCAAGCAAUUGAGCAUGGUCUUCCACUUGGACAUUGGUCAUAUCGGCAUGGGCGACAGCCUGGAAGACAAGUACAUCUUUCACCCAUGGAAGCUGACCGAGAUGAAGUCCAUCGUCAGCAAGUGGCAAUCGUUCAUCGAAGGCACGGACGGCUGGACCACGGCAUUCUGCGAGAACCACGACAACGGUCGGUCGGUAUCCCGUUUCGGGUCCGAUGCGCCUCAAUGGCGGGAGCAGUCGGCCAAGAUGCUGGCGCUGAUGAUGGUCGCGAUGACAGGCACUCUCUUCCUCUACCAGGGCCAGGAGAUUGGCAUGAUCAAUGCUCCCGCGGAUUGGCCCAUCGAAGAGUAUCAAGAUAUUGAAGGCCUUGGGUACUACCGCGAGGCCGAGCGCCAGACGGCGAGCGGUGUUGAUCCCUCCCGCAAGGACCGCAUCAUGGCCGGUCUUCGCAUCCUGGGUCGUGAUCACGCCCGGCUCCCAAUGCAGUGGGAUGACUCGGUGAACGGUGGCUUCAGCAUCGGGAAGCCGUGGAUGCGCACCCACGACUUGUACAAGGAGAUCAAUGUGAAGAAGCAGGAGCACGACCCGAACAGCGUCCUGACAUUCUGGAAGAAGACACUGCAGUUGCGCAAAGAGCAUCGCGAACUGUUCAUCCACGGCGCCUUCGAGGUUGUGGACUUUGACAACCAGCAGACAUUUUGCUUCAUCAAGUCCAGGGACGAAAGAAAGGCCUUGGUUGCGCUCAAUUUCACUCCCGAGUCUCAACCAUUCACGCAGGCAUCGAAGGCCAAGGACAUGCAGCUGCUGGUCAGCAAUUCCCCCGAGUCUUCUUUGGAUGUCCUCCAGCCGUUUGAAGGCCGGAUCUACAUCUCAUAA